GCCAGAGCCCUGCAGCUUUCAUGUCUGCUUAGGGUACAGUGAUUGCAGGCAGAAAAACGUGUCACCAGCCUUAUAGAAAGGCUUGGGUGGGAAGGAACCAUUUCGUUCCAACGCCCCUGCCACGGGCAGAGAUGCCAGCCCCCGAUCAGGUUGCUCUCCUAAGCCCAAACCUAGAGCUGUGCCAGGGGAUGCAUCGUCCCCAUUCUCUAACCCUUGGCUGGCCUCAAGCAGCCCAAGGAGGGAAUGCCCGUGGGGGGAUCCACCCUCACUUGCCAGUGGGUGGUGCAGGGAGAGGCAGGAAUGGGGCUCGCAGCUGAGGCAGCCCCCCAAGGGAAAUGGGGUCCAGCUGGCAGUGCGCUUGGCAGCGCUAGUCAGAGGCAGGCUAUAAAUACCUCCGACGGGAGAUAGAAACACAAAAGCCAUCUCCACUUUCCUCAAAUAGCUCGGCAGCCGGGCCAGACAAAGGCACAUUGAUGGAGCAGCCGUGUCGUACCAGCUGGGCUGCGCUCCACGGGCAGGGAGAAACCCUGGCCAGGGUCGGGAGCCCCCAGGGUCCUGCUCACCCCCCCCAGGCAUUACAGCAGCAGGGUCCCUGGCACGUGCCUGGGCUGUGCUCCAUCCAGUCCCUGGAAGCGUUCAAGGCUGGGUUGGAUGAGCUCUGAGCAAUCUGGUCGAGGGGUGGCAUCCAUGCCCACUGCAGCUGAUUUGGAAUUAGAUGAGCUCUAAGGCCCUUUCCAACACAACCCACUAAGUUAUUAUAUGAUCCAAUGGGUGCCCACCUACCCACAUUCUCCCUUGGUGCAGGGGGGCAUAAGUACCCUAAGGAUGCAAAUGUCUGAGCAAAAUCAAGCUCUUGGAGGGCCCAGCCCCAGUGCAUCCCCUAGUCAGGUCACAAAGUCACAAUCACAGGUGGCUACUCUCCAGCCCCUGCUCUUCUCUUGCAUAUCCAACACCAGCUUGCAUUUUUCAGGGUUGGCAGGGAGCUGAGGUUGGAGGGCACAUGCCUGGAGUAACCACAUCCCUAUGCUGGCACAGCUGAAAAUGCAGAGAGGGCAGGAGUGAAGGGGAACAGGGCUCUUUAGGGACCAGGAAACAAGGAGUUACAGAAGCCAAGCCCCAGAACAGCCCUGGAGACCUACAGUGUCGUGUAGCAACACUUCACCUUCCAGGAGGCACAACAGGUUUGUUCCAGGAGCACAACAGGUUUGGCCCUGAUCACAGCAACGUGCAAGACAAAGAUUGGUCCUGGGCAGUGACAUCCACCAGGGACAAGUCCCCUGCGUUUACUCUGGAAGGACAGGAGUGGGACUAAGGGCCACCCCUAUGGCUGAGCAGCCUUUCCCAGAGACAGCCCUGCUAGCCCAGGUGCUGGCUGCAGACAACACUGAAGCCCCUCCACUCCGCUCUACACGCCGUGGGUCCCAGCCCCCAGCCCGGGGCACUGAGGACGGCAAACCACCGCCCCUGCUCUCCCGCCGCAACUCCAUCCUCAGCCGCCGCAGCUCGUUCGGGAUGGGCCCGGGGAGCAGGCGCCCCUCCAUCGGCCCCUGGAUGCUCCAUAGACGUGUUAGCUUCUCUGGGCUCCCAAUUUUCCAACCCAUCCUCAAGACCCGCCUUGAAAACACUUACAGGAUAGGGCCAGACAAAGGCUGCAAGUUUGAUGCAGAGCGGGUGCAGCAGGUGCUGGAAGGGACCCUGGCCUGUGCCUUGGGGACCGCUGCCUACAGUCCGCAGGGCAGUGCACCACUAGCCCAGAGCCUGACUGAGCUGCUGCAGAACCAGGCCAAGGAGGUGGUGCCACCCCGCUACAAGCUGGUCUGCCACGUGGUACUGGGCCAGCAGGGCCAGCAGAGCCUGUUGGUGGCCAGCCGGGGACUAUGGGACCCUGAGACUGACAGCUUUGCCUCUGCCACCUUCUCCAACGCCUCCCUCUUUGCUGUGGCCACAGUGUAUGGAGUCUACUUCGAGUAG